UUCUUUUUUUUUUAUUAUUAUUAUUUAUUAUUGACCUUUCAAACUAUAUCAUCAUGGCUUCACGACGACCUCCUGCUACUGUACCUUGUAAAUAUAAAACAGGAAAGAUUCUUGGUAAUGGAACUUACGCUACUGUCAAAGAGGCUAUGCAUAUUGAAACCAACAAGUUUUAUGCUGUCAAAAUUAUUAAUAAGAAACUCAUGGAAGGACGUGAACAUAUGAUCCGUAAUGAAAUCAACAUUAUGCGAAAAGUAUCUCAAGGUCACAAAAAUAUCUUGAGUUUGGUGGAUUAUUUCGAAACUCUCAAUAAUUUAUACUUGGUAAUGGAUUUGGCUCAAGGUGGAGAACUUUUUGAUCGUAUCUGUCAAAAAGGAAACUAUUUUGAACGUGAUGCUGCCAAUAUUGUCCGUACUAUUUGUGAUGCUGUAGCUUAUUUGCAUGAUAAUGGUAUUGUGCAUCGAGAUUUAAAGCCUGAAAAUUUGAUCUUCCGUACUGCUGAUGAAGACUCUGACUUAUUGAUUGCCGACUUUGGUUUAUCUCGUAUCAUUGACAGUGAAAAGUUUGAUGUAUUAAGAACUACCUGUGGUACUCCUGGUUAUAUGGCACCUGAAAUCUUUAAGAAAGUAGGACAUGGUAAACCUGUUGAUGUAUGGGCUAUUGGUGUGAUUUGCUAUUUCCUCCUUUGUGGUUAUACUCCCUUCGAAAGAGACAGCAAUGUAGAUGAAAUGAAUGCCAUUAUUCGUGCGGAUUAUACUUUUGAUGAAGAGUAUUGGGUUGGUGUUAGUGAUGAUGCAAAGGACUUUAUUCAACGUUGUUUGACCAUCGAUAUGGAGAAACGAAUGACAGUACAUGAAGCUUUGGAACAUCCUUGGUUAGUAUCUACUCAAUUGGAAACUCGCGAUUUGUUACCCAAUGUUCGUCGUAAUUUCAAUGCUCGCAAGACUUUCAAGAGAGCCGUGGAUAUGGUGCGUCUUUCGAAUCAUCUUGGACACAAGCAUAUCAAUAACUCCACUUCUACUCGUGAUGGUACUGCACAAAAUUCGGUGGAAGGAGUUAAACCUGUGGAUGAAGGAACUGAACAUGUUUUAAAAACGGAAGAAUAGUUUAGUAUUUAUAUAUUAUAGUGUAUUUUUUUUUUUUUUUUUUACUUUUUUUU